AUGAUCACUGGCAGACGCAUUUGGACGACUGCUCGGAAUGAUGGAGAGUUGUUUCGGCAGAUUGGAUUUUGUAAUCCACUAACCGAAAAUAUUUCCGACAUUGCAAAAGAUUUCUUGAACAAAUGCUUGGCAAAGAAACAUGAACAGAGAUGGACAGCUGACAUGCUGUUGAAUCAUCCAUUUAUUGUCAAGAAUUUGGCAGCACUGCCUCCAAAUUUUGGGAAUGGUAUAUGGGCUUCUACAUACCACCUCUUUACCAAUCCACAGAAGCUUCAGAUUCAAUAUCCUCAUCAACUAUGUGCACCCCGCAAGAUUAAUCAGAAUGUUCAUGUUCAGUAUCUAUUACCUCACCAGCUAUAUCAACCCUUCCAGAAGGUUCAAAAUGCAAUAUGA